UACGUUUCCUCUCGCCAGCCGGUGAAAUUGAUAGUUCAGAUAGGAAACGGCGGCAUUCGAAGAAGCAAGCAAUUCGGCAGCAGUAGCAGCGAUAUGGCAAGGAAUCUGGAAGAUAGCCUCAUCCAGGCGAACGCGGACUUCGUCAACUUCGAUCAGCACCGGAAGGAGUACACCACCCAUUACAACGCCCUGCGGGACAAGUUGUACACCGAGUGGAAGGGAUCGGACGUUCUGGGCAAGCUGGUCAAUGGAUACACACUGGGCGGUGGCUACGGCGAUAACCUGAAGGUGUCGAUGCCAGAUGAGUUUGACUUGGUGAUUCACUUGGUGUUUCCCGAGAAUGACAAGAUCAAGGUGAGGGCCGAUCCCCGCAAGCCAGGCAACGUGAUCCUGGACAUGACCGAGGUGAUGGAGACCAUCCGGAAUCACCACAGAGCGGUCUUCCAGCUCCUGCAGAAGAUAGUGAACGGCAAGAAUGAGUUGCUGGAGGACAAGCUGCAGAGUUCGCUGCAGGGCUUGAUGAGCCAGGCAAUCAACAAGAUGGGCAACCAGAUCGAGGUGGACGGUGUGGUGUCGCCCAUCUGCUACAAGAAGUGCGGUCCCGCCCACACGAUCUUUGUGAAGGGGCGUUACGAGUACUCCGUGGACUUUGUCCCGGCCAUCAAGCUAUCGGCGGCCCAGUCCGUUUUGGCCAAGGCACAGAAGGAGCACUUUGGGCAAACACCCCACUGGGAUGCCAUUCCCAAGCCCAUGAAGCCAGCCCAAAACAAUAACCCAUCCUUCAGGGCCUCGUACUACGAUGCCGAGCGCAGGCUGCUCCAUGGCAAGAACAACCUGAAGAACGCCAUUCGACUGCUAAAGCAGCACAGGAACACGAAAAAUAAUAUGGGCAACCUUAAGAGCUACUACAUCAAAACGCUGUUCCUAUGGGAGGUGACCGUUCAGAACGACAGCUACUGGCAGAAGCCACUCAAAGAGAUACUGAUCGAGAUGCUCGACAAGUUGGGCCGCACCCUCGCUUUGACAUCGGCCAAGGGCAAGUUGCUCUUCUUCUGGGACCCCAAAUUGGAUAUGUUCGCCGAUCUGACCGAGAACCAGCGGACGGACAUGUAUAACUGCGUGAUCAGGAGUGGCUACAUCUUCCGCCGGGGCGAUGGCAAUCUCACUGAUGACAUUAAGGACAAUGUUAAGGGGUCGUUCACCAACAACAAGGACAAAGGCGCUGAAAACAAGCCUGCAAACGGACAAGGCAAAAAAACUGGUGCUGAUGCCCAAACUGAAAACAAACUCAAGUUGAAGGUGGAGACAACUCCUGGCUCCAAAUUAAAUCCAAAACCGAAUGAACCUAAGAAAACUGUGGCGGCCAAGGUGCAACCUGCCCCUGCCAAACAAAAUCAAAAGCCGAAUGAACAGAAGAAGCCGGUGGAGGCAAAAAAUGGACUCAAAGCCAAGGUGAAGGCUGAGCCGGUCAAACCAAAUCCAAAACCGAACGAACAGAAGGCAGCCAAAGUGGCAACUUCACCUGUUCAGGCAAACCAACCAAAGCCAAAUCCUCCAGUGGCCGUUAAACAGCAACAGCCAGCAAAUAGUUCCAAUCCAAAUGGCAAUGGUGCAAAGCCGAAGACCAAUGUCAACGGAAAUGGUGACUCCAAGGCACAACCACCUUCGAGUGAGAAACAAAAUUCCAAUUGCCUGAUAAACUAAUUACGUUAGAUGGCGGUGACCGGCGGCGGCGUUCUCCUAAUCCUUGCCUCCGUUGGCCGGGUGAUGUGGUCGUCGUUGUUAAGUCGCUUGUGCUCUUACAGCCCUCCUCCGGAUCGGUCCACGCUGAUCUUCUGCUUCAGAUUGGCCGCC